CAAUCUUCCAACACUCUAACGGAAAACUUCCCAUCUUCCCCCACCAUAUAUUCUCUUACCGUGUCUCUUUCCACUUCUUGUCUUCAAUAUUCUAGAAAGAAAUAUAAUAUGUGUAGUAGAGGCCAUUGGAGACCAUCUGAGGAUGAGAAGCUUAAGGAGUUGGUGGAAAGCUAUGGACCUCAUAAUUGGAACGCCAUAGCUGAAAAACUUCGAGGAAGAUCAGGGAAAAGUUGUAGGUUGAGAUGGUUCAAUCAAUUGGAUCCAAGAAUAAAUAGAAAUCCUUUCAAUGAGGAAGAAGAAGAGAGACUUAUAGCUUCUCAUCAAAUUCAUGGAAAUAGAUGGGCUGUAAUUGCAAGACAUUUUCCAGGAAGAACUGAUAAUGCUGUAAAAAAUCAUUGGCAUGUAAUGAUGGCAAGAAUUCGUAGAGAAAGGUAUAAAGUCUAUGCAAAAGGUCCUCUUGAUCAUCACAUAAUUUUCUCUCAAAAUGAUCAUCAAACAACUAACUAUGAGACAUCAAAUCUUCAUUCUUUUGUUGACAAGUAUCAUCAAAAGCAUAAUCAUCAACUUUUGCAAUUUCACAAGUUUCACUUUCAAGGUCCAAGUUCUUGUUCCACAAGGCUUCAAGAUAAAAGUCAAUCAGUUGAGUUCUAUGAUUUUCUUCAAGUAAACACUGAUUCCAAUAAAAGUGAAGUUACCGAUAAUGCUAGAAAAGAUGAUGAGGAAGUGAAUCAAGAUAUUUUGGGACAUCAAAACAAGGAAAACAAUGUUCCAUUCAUUGAUUUUUUGUCUACUGGAAGCUGCUAACAUAGUUGCAAAAUCAAGUGUUUAUAUAUCCAACUAUUUGUAUGAAUUGAGCUUUGAUUAAUUCGUACAAUAUCUCGAACUAGGUUCACUCAUUUAAGUUGUAACCACUUCACUAAUCAUACACAUAUAAUGUAUUUAAGGACAUAUUUGUACACUUGUUACAUGUAUAAAAAUGAAAAAUGCUUUUUAUUUUAA